GGAAAAGUUUCUCCAGAGGAAAAAUGCAGGGCUUGUCCUUCACCGUGACGUCAGGUCUGUCUUUAAUAAAAUCCCCAAAGAGCCAAGAGAAAAAGGCAGAGUGCCUAGGCUGGGUUGCCGGUUCAGGAUUGCUCUGCGUUCCCCAAAGUGGUGUUUUUGUUCAAAACGGCUCUAAAGCUGUGUUCAAUCAAAUGUAUUUAAUCCCGGCUUCCAGGGAUGAGGUGGCUUUUGCCCUGGAUUCUAGCAGCAAGCAGCAUUUUGCAGGCCACUGGCCAGACCUCCCUGAGCAUGAGCAGCCCCGUCCCAGCCACGGAGGAGCCCUACACACGGGCUCAGUACUGCAGGUGGCCCUGCGAGUGCCCCAGGUCCCCUCCGCGCUGUGCGCCCGGCGUCAGCCUGGUCACGGACGGCUGUGACUGCUGCAAGACGUGUGCCAAGCAGAGAGGGGAGAGCUGCACCGAGGCUGACACCUGUGACUUCCACAGGGGCUUGUACUGUGACUACAGCGGAGACAGACCUAGGUACGAAAUAGGAGUAUGUGCACAGAUCGUUGGUGUAGGAUGUGUCCUCAAUGGAGUCAGAUACAAGAACGGGGAGACAUUCCAGCCCAACUGCAAAUACAACUGCACCUGCAUUAAUGGCGCUGUGGGCUGUGUUCCCAUGUGCACAAACUCACGUCCUCCACUUGUCUGGUGCCCAAACCCAAAGCUGAUUAAGAUGACAGGGAAGUGCUGCGAGCAGUGGGUUUGUGAUGACUCCAGGAAAAUCAGGAAGACAUCUCCACGCCACAUCUCCUCUGCAGCGUACGAGGGAGAGGAGGAAGCCUGGCAGAAGAACUGCAUCGUGCACACCUCACCCUGGAGCCCCUGCUCCAAGACCUGUGGGCUGGGCAUCUCCACCAGGAUCUCCAACGACAACGAGCAGUGCCGGCUCCUGAAGGAGAGCCGCCUGUGCAACAUGAGGCCCUGUGAGGUGGAUAUAACCCAGCACAUAAAGCCCGGGAAGAAAUGCUUGGCUGUCUACAGGGCGAAUGAGCCCAUGAACUACACCAUCUCUGGCUGUGUGAGCAAAAGCCCCUACAGGCCCAAGUACUGUGGGGUCUGCACAGACAACAGGUGCUGCACACCCUACAAGUCCAAGACUAUUGAAGUGAGCUUCCAGUGCCCAGAUGGAACUGAGUUUUCCUGGAAUAUUAUGUGGAUCAAUGCUUGUUUUUGCAACCUGAACUGCAGGAACCCCAACGACAUCUUUGCUGACUUGGCUCAUUACUAUGAUUACUCUGAAAUCGCUAAUUAAAUUGGCUGAAUGCUGGAAUUGACCCUUUGCUCUGAUUUUACAGAGGUUUUUAAAUAAAAGGAGAAUCUUCAUCCAUUA